CUCGCCGCCGUCCCGCCCUCGCCCGCAAACCCAAACACUCCGGGUGCCGGUGCGCGUGAUCUGCCUGUGGUCGCUCGGCCGAGAGAUGCUGCUGCUGGCCGCCGCCGGCCUCGUGGCCUUCGUGCUUCUCCUCUACAUGGUGUCGCCGCUCAUCAGCCCCAAGCCCCUGGCGCUGCCCGGCGCGCACGUAGUGGUCACAGGAGGUUCCAGUGGCAUCGGAAAGUGCAUUGCUAUCGAGUGCUUUAAACAAGGAGCAUUUAUAACUCUGGUUGCACGAAAUGAGGACAAGCUGCUGCAGGCGAAGAAAGAAAUUGAAAAACAUUCUAUUAAUGAUAAGCAGGUGGUGCUCUGUAUCUCAGUCGAUGUGUCUCAAGAUUACAGCCAAGUGGAGAAUGUCAUAAAACAGGCACAGGAGAAGCUGGGUCCUGUGGACAUGCUGGUCAACUGUGCGGGGACGUCUCUGACAGGAAAGUUUGAAGAACUUGAAGUUAGUAGUUUUGAGAAAUUAAUGAGCAUAAAUUACCUGGGCAGCGUGUACCCCAGCAGGGCAGUGAUCACCACCAUGAAGGAGCGACGGGUGGGCAGAAUCGUGUUCGUGUCCUCUCAGGCCGGACAGUUGGGGCUGUUUGGUUUCACAGCCUACUCUUCAUCCAAGUUUGCCAUAAGAGGAUUGGCAGAAGCUCUGCAGAUGGAGGUGAAGCCUUAUAAUGUGUAUGUCACUGUGGCCUACCCACCGGACACUGACACCCCAGGGCUGGCGGAAGAGAACAAAACGAAGCCCCUGGAGACCCGGCUUAUUUCAGAGACGACAGGUAUUUGCAAACCAGAGCAGGUGGCCAAACAAAUUGUCAAAGAUGCCAUACAAGGAAAUUUUAAUAGUUCCAUUGGCUCAGAUGGGUACAUGCUCUCCUCCCUGACCUGCGGCAUGGCUCCAGUGACUUCCAUCACUGAAGGACUCCAGCAGGUGGUCACUAUGGGCCUUUUCCGAAUCAUCGCUUUGUUUUACCUUGGAAGUUUUGAUAAUAUUAUUCGCCGCUGCAUGGUGCAGAAAGCAAAAUCCGAAACUGUAGACAAAACUGCCUAAUCCUUGCCCCUUGGACAAAAGACUGUAUCCAGUGAUUUGAACAGCUUUGCUGCUAAUAGAACUCGAUUUUCGGCCUCCGGACUCUUGUGUCUUGUUGGAAUGUGUGAGAUUGGACCCAGUACUCUUCAGAAAUCUGGCUGCAAGCAAAGGGACAGAGUUCAUCUCUGCAACAUUACUGUUAACACUAUGCAAACAUGGACCAGGACACCAUUUGAUUUUCUGGGCUUUGAGAAAAGUGGUGAUCGUGUAAGAACUAGUAACAGGAGAACAGGGUAAAGACUAGACUUCUGGAAUGGUAAAUUCAAUUUCUUUCGUUUAUCCUCCCCUCUUGCCCGCUGAGAUCAAGAAAUGUACGUUAUGAUACAUUAAGAACUUUUGGGAGUUUUUUUUUUAUAUUUUUGGUUUUAAUUUUUAUGAAAAAUGGUGGUGUCUGGGUUUUUAUUAGUAUUUUUGUUUUUUUAAAUUUUUAAUUGUUUGUUAUUCAGGGUGUGUCUUCCGCAUAGCUGAUGAGUCCGGCUGUGGGCUAGUCUGCUGUGCUUGCUUGGGACUUGCUUCUGCUAGUGAAGGUGGCUUCUCUCUCUCUUUGAUCCUGUAAGAUACCAGGGGGAUGAGCAGUGAGCAGUGCAUUGGAAGCGAGGGGCUGAGUCCUUUGCACAGGCAUAUGGAGCCUUCUUGUCUUCUUAAGACCAAUGUUGAGAACCUUUUCGUUUUUAUUCCUGGGGAAAGGCAGCCUCUUUACAUGCUUUCUGAAUAGAAAUAAAAUCUCACAGAAGCUUAAAA